AUGCUGAAGAUGACCCAUUACGUCGAGCUGGGCAGUUAUCCGGAAUGGCCUAUGCUCAUACCACAGAAGAUACGACUAUACACCUUUGAACAACUCCCCAUGUACCUAAGAGAGAACCCCUACAUCACAGAUGGCUAUAGGGCCCACCUGCCUUCCAAACUCUGCCUAAGGAGUAUUUUUGUUCUGUCCAAUGAGACUGUAAACAUCUGGAGCCACCUACUGGGCUUCCUUCUCUUCUUCUCUCUGGCGGUCAAUGACAUCAUGAAAGUUCUGCCAGCUUCUGGAGCCGGCAGAGAGGACUAUGUCAUCUACGUUAUAGGACUGUUUUGCUUUCAGGUUUGCAUGUUAUGUUCUGUCGGUUAUCAUCUAUUCUUGUGCCACCGAUCAGAGAAGAUGAGUCGUCGCUGGCUGGCGCUGGACUAUGCAGGCAUUUCUAUCGGCAUCUUGGGCUGUUACGUGCCAGGCAUCUUUUACUCCUUCUAUUGCAAUCCCUUUUGGCAGCAGGUCUACUCUCUGACGGUUCUCUGCAUGAUCCUGUUUGUCUUCGGUGCUCAAUUCCACCCACGGUACAUGAGCGCUGAGUGGCGCUGCACGAGGGUGUCCAUCUUUUUCGGCAUAGCCUGUAUUGGCGUGGUUCCAACAUGCCAUUGGGUGUGGCUCAACGGGGGCCUCACCUGUGACAUUGUUAAGAUGUUCCUGCCCCGCCUGAUUAUUAUGUACCUCAUUGGAGCGGCUGCCUUUGUCUUCUAUAUUACCAAAAUGCCUGAGCGCUGCUUCCCUGGCCACGUGAACUACAUCGGCGCUAGUCAUCAGGUGUGGCACGUUCUGGUGGUCGCCAUGCUUUACUGGUGGCACCAGACUGCAGUGGACAUCACGCAGUUCCGUCACAGCCAGCCUUGCCCGCCAAGAACACAAUGA